GGCCGGUAAGUUAAUAGGAUGACAUAUCUAUAAGCACGACUUAUCCUGUUUGAAAUGUGCAUUUGACAGAGGUUGAUGACGAUAAAGGCAUCAAUGCAGUUCCAACAACUCAGACCUCAAUAUCAACGCCGACAACAACAAUAACAGCCACACCACCAACAACAACAACCAAAACCACUACCAAACCACCAACAACAACGGCACCACCACUAACAACUACACUACCACCACCACCACCACCAUCAACAACAACCAAAACCACCACCAAACAACCGAAAACAAUUACACCACCAUCAACAACAACAACCACCACCACACCACCACCACCACCACCACCAACAACAACAACAACAACAACCACCACCACCAAACCACCACCACCAACAACAACCAAAUCCACCACCAAACAACCAACAACAACUACACCACCACCACCACCACCAACAACAACAACAACAACCAAAUCCACCACCAAACAACCAACAAGAACCUACACCACCAUGAUUUCUAUUAACAACGGCUUCAAGGUUUGUGGUGGAUCCAUCAUUAAGGAAAAUCAAGUGCUGACUACUCGUAUAUGCUGCUUCGGAGCAUAUACUUUCACCAUCUUCCUUGGCGGUAUCAACGACUACGAACCCCGCCGGCAGAUUGGCAAAUCCACUAAAUACACGACGCAUAUUUUCAAUAUCUUAACAGGAUUCCUCGACGGUGUCUGCAUUAUUUUCCUGGACGCUCCGGUUUCUGGCAAGGAUAUUGCCAUCAUCCGUCUGCCAUCUUGGUCUCAGCGCUCAAAUACCUACGAAAGAUACAAAGCUACCGUCUCUGGCUGGAGACGCACCUCAAACGAUGGCACUCGGCCUAAGUACACUGACGUCAUCGUCAACGAAAAAACAUAUUGUCGACGAGCCUACCCUUUUAAGAGCACUUUUUGGACAAUUUGCACGUACGACACAAACGGAUCUGGUUUUUGCGAUAGAUUCCCCGGCGACCCCCUCACCAUCACUGAAUCUGACGGACUGGAGACUUUAAUUGGAAUCACCAGCUUUGGUCUACCAUUCUGCGACCUGAAUUAUCCUAUCGGCUACGUCAGAGUCACAUCUCACCUUCACUUGAUCUAUAGGUUGUCUGGAUCACUCCAUGUCCGCCCUUAA